AUGACUGAGGAUCAGCAAGAGGAAGGAGUUGUGCAUCGUCAACACCCUUUGAAGAACACGUGGACCUAUUGGUACUUGAACGAUGAUCGUCAAGCAGAUUGGGAGCAGCGUUUGAAGAAGGUGUGCGCCGUGAAGACUGUCGAAGAGUUUUGGGCCCUCCAGAACAACAUUCGGCCUCCAUCGUCGCUCGCCCACUCUUGUGAUUACAACUUCUUCAAGAAUGAAAUUCAGCCGAUGUGGGAAGUUCCAGAAAACAACAAUGGAGGACGUUGGCUAAUCAAUAUUGAAAAGGGGAAGCCUGGCGGAAUCAUGGAUCUGAUCUGGCUGGAAGUGAUCUUGUCGAUGAUUGGCGAGCAAUAUGGUGAUGACAUGGAGAACAUCUGCGGCUUAGUUUGCAACGUUCGAGCUAAGGGUUCAAAGAUUUCGAUGUGGACUAGAAAUCACAACGACGAUGACAGUAACAUGAGGAUUGGAAAAGUAAUCGCACGAACACUUAUGACUGCUGAGGUUCCCGAGCAACUCAAGGGUCAUUUCCCACUUGCCGACGUGCUUCGUUACGAGGACCAUGCUUCGUGUCAAAAGAAGUCUGGCUCAACCGUGAAACCCAAGCUAACGAUUCCUCUUGGCGAACAGCAG